UGCCAUCGCUGAGUUUCCUCUCCUGUGUUUGCUCCAGGCUGUAGCUGAUGCCCAGGCCCCCCUGGCAUGAUGCCGUCCAGGACCAAUCUCUCUGCUGGGAUCCCCAGUAGCAAAGUGAAAUAUUCCAAACUCUCCAGCACCGAUGAUGGGUACAUCGACCUGCAGUUCAAGAAGAGCCCACCCAAAAUCCCCUACAAGGCCAUCGCACUGGCCGUGGUGCUCUUCAUGAUCGGGACCUUCCUCAUCAUCAUCGGAGCCCUGCUGCUGGCAGGGUACAUCAGCAAAGGGGAGAGCGACCGCGCCAUCCCCGUGCUCAUCAUCGGCAUCCUGGUGUUCCUGCCCGGCUUCUACCACCUGCGCAUCGCCUACUACGCCUCCAAGGGCUACCGGGGCUACUCCUACGACGACAUCCCCGACUUCGACGACUGAGCUGUUAAUGAGCCCGCCCUAAUUAGGCUGGCAGCGCCCCUGGGUGCCGCAGGGCGAGGCUGCGUGGCCCGGCCUGGAGGCGUGCAGGUUUUCCCGUUUGUGGGGUGGGGGCUGCAGCCCGGAGUUGACCAAAAGGAAUU